GCAGGAUGUAUCAAAAUCCUUUAGAACACGAUCGCAUUGAAGUCAAAGAAGCAACCAAACUAACAGCAGAUGAAAUGCUUGUCGUUUAUAAACAGGAAAACAACGCUGUUGAACGCCGUCUACUUUAUGGACCUGCAGUUUUUGUCCCCACUGCACAUGAAUGGCUUCAUGAGUUUAAUUGGCAUGGGGUCGAUUCUAAUGACAAAACAAGGUGGAUUCCAGCAGCUCACAAGUUUCAUAAACUGAGUACAAUUCCAGGUCAGAUGUACUACAAUGUUCGAGAAGUCCGCACAAAUGAUGAUGUGACAAUGCGAGUGAAACUAAUGAUGUUCUAUCAGUUGACUAGUGCAGAUAAAAUGCUGAACAUGACCCAUGAUCCCAUAGCAGACUUCAUCAAUGCCGUCUGCUCUGAUGUCAUUGCAUUUGCAUCUCAGAUGAGUUACUCAGAAUUUCAUAAAGAGACUCAUCAACUGAGUAAUCUUAAGACAUACCCUCAACUGUGCCAGAGAGCUCAGCGCAUUGGAUAUCAGUUUACAAAUGUUGUGUACCGUGGAUAUCACGCAAGUGACCAGUUUCAGGCAUUGCAGGACAAUGCUAUACAUACACGCACAAAACGACACUUGGAUGCUGAGAUACAAGAGGAGGUAGCCAAACUGGAAGGUUUUAAACUCAAGAAAGAAAUGGAACGAACAACUCAACGACAAGCAAUUGAGUCGGCUCAGUUUGCUCAGAGGCAAGAGUUGGACAAGAAGAGACAGCUAUUGCAACUGAAACAGGAGGAAAGGCAACAUGAGGCAAAGCUGAAGAGAAGUGCUAAAGAGCGUGAGGCCUUGGUGACUAUUGAAACUGCUGAAAAGCAGCAAGAAGUACAACUCUUAUCGGCACUUCGAGAUUUGGGAGUGGAUAUGACACAAUACCUUGUCAGCCAACAACCUGCAAAGAUCAGUGAUGAGCUGCAGUUGACAAGGGAGCAUAGAAGAGACCCAAUUUCAACUUAGUUUCCUCUGAUUCUUGAAAACUUCUGUCAGUACUGUUCAAUUUCUAAUUUGCAAAUUAAUUAGUGUCACAUUGCAUUAUUGUACUCACAAAAAUGUUGCCAUAUAUAUUUAAUAGAUGUCAGCGUAGUCUCUCUAA